ACCGGAAUCUAUAAAAUGGCUAAACCGACGGUAGAGAGGUUAUCUUUCUUUAGCCUCUCACUCACUCACUCACUAUUAACCGCAUCAGCUCAAAUGAAGUCGUUAGCAUCGCCGCCGUGCCUCCGCCUAACUCCGACGUCACGCCCUCAUCUCCACCCACCUCAAUCGUCUUGUUUCCCUUCUGUAAUCAAAUCCAGUAGCCUAUCAUUCUCCUCAUCCGCAUCCGGUUUCGCGUCACCACUCGCUGUAGAGAAGGAGCUACGCUCGUCGGUGGUGACGGAAGCUGUUCGACAUGUCACCGGGUCGCUUAUGAGAGGGGAAGGUCUUCGAUUCGCCAUCGUUGUUGCUCGUUUCAACGAGGUUGUGACGAAGUUGCUUCUGGAAGGAGCCAUCGAAACUUUCAAGAAGUAUUCAGUCAGAGAAGAAGACAUCCAAGUUAUAUGGGUUCCUGGCAGCUUUGAGAUUGGCGUUGUUGCACAAAACCUUGGGAAAUCAGGAAACUUCGAUGCCGUUUUAUGUAUUGGUGCUGUGAUAAGAGGAGAUACCACACAUUAUGAUGCUGUUGCCAACUCUGCUGCAUCUGGAGUACUUUCUGCUGGCAUCAACUCAGGUGUUCCAUGCAUAUUUGGUGUACUGACAUGCGAGGACAUGGAUCAGGCACUGAAUCGAUCUGGUGGCAAAGCCGGAAACAAGGGAGCUGAAACUGCUUUGACGGCGCUCGAGAUGGCGUCGUUGUUUGAGCACCACCUGAAAUAGAUGCUCCUUCCAUGGAUGAACACAAUGAUCAUAUAUGAGAACUUGUUGCUCUUGUCGCACUUGGUUACAAUUCAAUCUCCAAAACUGUACCUCAAAGAUUACCAAAAUCUUUUCUUUCUUUUUUUUUUUCACCUUGUUAGACAAAUAUUUAGACGCUUUUGGUCUGGUUAUGAAUCGUGUGUUGUUGUAACCUAAUAAUAAGUUCCUCUGAAUUUUGGGGGCAA